ACACUGAGGAAGGUAAACGCGGAAGCACAAAUAAGCUCCGCGGUGAAAACUUCAGGAAAACGUAAAACUGGAGGUUUAUAUGCUGCCGAACGAACAACAAUAACAAUUCCUCUCACGAUGGGCCUGUGUAACGGCCUGUCCCACUGUAAACUGGCUCUGGCCUUCGCCGUGUUGAUGGAUUUACUGGGUGGAGCCGCUCUGCUGGUGGGAGUCUUCGCCCGUCUGGAAAUCAAAGGACAGGACUAUGGAGACUUACUGGUCUAUACUGGAGCCCUGUUCGUGCUGAUGUCUCUGGCCGGAUGGGUGUUGUGGUACAGCGGCAACAUCGAGGGCCUGACAGCCAAGAAGGAGCUGGGACACAUCGGCAGCGCCGUCGAUCGACUCGCUCGCAACCUCAGCCGCAAGAUCCGCAGCUACAAGAGCUACCACUGAGAGAGGAAGUUGUGGAUACGUUUCACUUUAAAAGUCUGGUUAUAGGUACCUGUGUUUGUCAGUAUUAAUAUGAGAAACAGACAAUGAAUCAAACUGUGUGCUACUAAAAACUUUAGUGUUACAAGCAUGUCAGAAACAUUUCAACUGUAGAAGUGUUGUUGUGUUACAAAAUCAUAAUGUUACUGUUUCAUUAGUUUCAUGAGUUAUGUUUUUUAUUCUUGUAGCAUUUGAAUGUGACUCAUUGAAAACAGCAGUGGACUCUUUAUGGAUUUCAAUA